AUGUCGUCAAACGAACAGCCAACCGAGAAACAACCUAGCAUUGACCGACAAGAAAACAUUGUUCAAUCAACUGAAGCAAAAGCAGAGGGUGAAGAAGAAUAUACCAAUUUAAUCCAAUCACUUCCAACAAGAUGGGAAAUAGAACUUGAAUUUGUUCAAUCAUUGAGUAACAUACCAUAUUUACAAUACUUAGCUCAAAACAACUAUCUAUCUGACCCAAAUUUCAUCAAUUAUUUGAAAUAUUUAACAUAUUGGCAAAAACCAGAAUAUGCCAAAUUCUUAGUAUAUCCCAAUUGUUUACAUAUAUUGGAAAUGUUACAAAAUGAAUCAUUUAGAUUGAAUAUUGUAAAUCCUGAAUUUCUGAAUACUUUGAUGAAUGAUAUGGUCAAGAGAUGGCAAGAGAACGAUGGCGAAGUAGAUGGCACUGCCACUAUUAAAAAUGCAACACCACUUAACUUGGAGGGAGUGAAUUCACUGUCACUGGGAAGUAAUUAA